GUGUUGAGUGUGUGCAGCAACAAUGUCUUCAGUUCAGUCUCUGAGAGAGUUUAUCAGCGAGCGACUAACUGCUGCUGCUGAAGAAAUAUUCACAGAGUUUGAAAAAACCAUCGUCCAGUACGAGGAGGUGAUCGACCGUCAGCGCAGACUGCUGGACAUCAGCUGGAAACCUCACACACACCUGCACACGACAGAACCCCCACAGCAUAACGUCUGGAAGGAGGCGGAGAUUUUCACUGAGCCCCCUAGCCAGGAAAGUAACACCAACUUGGACCAGGAACCAGAAACUCCACAGAUGAAAGAGGGCCAUGAAGAAUCAGAACCUUCACAUGAAGAACCAGAAUCUCUAGAGAUGAAAGAGGAGCAGGAGACUGAAACCUUUGUGGUAACUCCUGCUUAUAAUGAAAAGAACCACUGGGAACUGGGAACUCCAAACAGGGAGCAACUCUUUUCUCAGAACUCUCCUGAGGCUGAGAACCUAGAUCAGGAAAGAAGCAGGAAUGUAGAGCCAGGAUCCUGCAGAGAUGAAGAGCCGAAACAAAAUAAGACAAAUCUACAAACUGGAGGUUUUGGUGACAAUGUGUGUCCAAAUGUAAAGAUAGACCAAAAAACGUCUUUUUUGUGUAUGACAUGUGGAAAAAAAUUCAGUGUGAAACAUAAUUUAACAGUUCACAUGAGAACUCACACAGGUGAGAAGCCUUUCUCAUGUCAGACCUGUGGGAAAAAUUUCAACUACAAAAGUGUUUUGAUUACUCACAUGAGAACUCACACAGGUGAGAAGCCUUUCUCAUGUCAAGCUUGUGGGAAAAAUUUUAAUAAAAAAAAUUAUUUAAUCAGACACAUGAGAACUCACUCAGGUGAGAAACCUUUCUCAUGUGAGACCUGUGGAAAAAGUUACAGCGAAAAAAAAAGUUUUAAAUACCACAUGAGAACUCACACAGGUGAGAGGCCUUUCUCAUGUCAGACCUGUGGAAAAGGUUUUAAUCAAAACUUUGAUUUAAUCAGACACAUGAAAACUCACACAGAACUCCCACAGCAUAUCUUGAAGGAGGAAAAGAUUCUCACUGAGCAGCAGCUCUGUAACCAGGAGAGGAACACCAGUUUGGACCAAGAAAAACCAGAAACUCCACAGAUAAAAGAGGACCAAGAAGAACCAGAACCUCCACAGAUGAAUGAGGACAAAACGGAAGCAAAACCUCCAAAAAUCAAAGAGGACCAUGAUGCACCAGAAUUUUCACAGAUGAUGAAGUACUAUGAGGAUCCCAAUUAUCCACUCAAUGAAGAGAAACGGGGAACACCAAAACCUCCCAAGGAUGAACCAGAAUUUCUAGAGAUAAAAGAGGAGCCGGAGACUGAAAACUUUAUGUGGAGAACCAUGAUCAGGAAAGAAGCAGGAAUGUAG